AUAUAUAAGCACGCAGUGUAAACACAGAUCAUUAACCGGCACAUGUGUUGGGGUAAGUUGUUGAGUGAAUGUAUUAAGUAAUAAAUGGAAUUGGCUAAAGUUGGCUGCUGGUUCAGCGCCAAGAAGAAAAAGAAAGUUAAUUUCGCUGAGUUUGAUUCUAUUCUACGAAAACAUGGUUUUCAACUCGUUGAGAUUGAUUUUUCCAACUUUGAGGAGCAAGGACCUUUUGUUGCGAUCGUUCAUAAAAUAACAGACAUGAUGAUCGAAGCGAUGCACGGCUCCGAGGUAGCGUCCAGAAAUGUACAAAGGAUUCAGUCGUACAUCGAUCGCAACCCAAAGCUUCUGAUGAUUGACCCGCUGGAAGGGAUUCGAAAACCUCCCACAGAAAGUUUGAUACAUUCCCCAACCUUUACUUUACUAACUUCUACAAACCAUGAAGAACUUAAACAACAAAUUCGUUCGGCCAACGUUAAGUAUCCUUUUGUUUGUAAGCGGAAUAUAGCACAUGGAGUGGAAUCGCACGAGAUGUCAAUAAUAUUCAACGAGGAUGGUUUAAGCGACGUCAACCCUCCGUGCGUGGUUCAAACGUUCAUAGAUCAUGGAGCGUUGCUUUAUAAAAUAUUUGUGGUGGGCACUCGUUACCACAUAAUGAAACGACCUUCGUUACGCAACUUCAGUGACACCCGGUGGUCAAACCACCCAACCAUUUUCUUCAACUCACAUCAUAUUUCAAGUUGUGAUUCAGCUCCCUCCAAACUUAGUACUCUUGAAGAUGGGGACAUCCCCCCACGUGAGAUAAAUGAAGAUCUCGUCAACAAACUUGUUCAAAACUUUAACCAAGAAAUCAACAUGACCUUAUAUGGUGCGGAUAUCAUUGUGUGUGGAACGACGGGGAAACAUUAUAUUAUUGAUAUCAAUGUUUUUCCAGGUUACGAUGGUGUCGAUGAUUUCUAUCAACAACUAUCCAAUCACAUAUCAACCCAUGUACAGACAUCAUAACCAUGUUAGUAGAUACACAACAAUGAUAAUGAAGCGUAUUAUGCAGAUUUUAAAUAAAACAUUCGUAUUUUUGU